AUGACGGCCUCCACACCAGCCGUGUUUCCUGCUCCUGUGAUGGUGAAUUGGGCUCCUGAUCUACCACCACUGAAGGAUCAGAGGAAGAUGACCGAGAUUGACCCCCCUGAGGUUCUGGCGCACUUUGGCAGGGCUGAAACCACUGAGCCUCCUGCUCUGCUGCCAGUGGUCCUCACGCCUGCAGCCCCUGUGGAGUCUCUUCAGCCUACACGUCUGUUGCAGAACUCUGCCCUGGCAAUGGACGGUCUUCCAGCUGCCCGCCUGGAUUCUGCCCUGGCAAUGGACGUUCUUCCAGAUGCCCACCUGGAUUCUGCCCUGGCAAUGGACGGUCUCCCGGCCGCCCACUUGAACUUGGCCAGUGGUCUGGAUUGUCUUCAGGACGGCCACCCAAACUUUUGUUACCAUGCAUGUACUCAGGGCCACUCCUAUAAGUUCCUGAUCUAUUCCUGCCUGCUGCUGUUCUCCAUGUUGCUCUCCUUGAGGCUGGAUGGAGUCAUUCAGUGGAGCUACUGGGCUGUUUUCACCCCAAUAUGGCUGUGGAAGCUGUUGGUGAUCAUCGGGGCUUCUGUGGGCACCGGAGUGUGGGCUCACAACCCUCAGUACAGGGCUGAAGGAGAGACGUGCGUGGAAUUCAAAGCCAUGCUGAUCGCUGUAGGGCUCCACGUCCUGCUGCUGAUGUUUGAAGUGUUGGUUUGUGACCGUGUGGCGAGGGGAGACUACUUCUGGCUCCUUGUCUUCAUGCCUCUCUUCUUCGUGUCCCCUGUUUCUGUAGCAGCCUGUGUCUGGGGCUUUAGACACGAUCGCUCCCUUGAGCUGGAGGUGUUGUGUUCAGUAAAUAUUCUGCAGUUCAUCUUUAUCGCUUUAAGGCUCGACGGGAUCAUCAAGUGGCCUUGGCUGGUGGUUUGUGUCCCUCUGUGGAUCCUCAUGUCCUUCUUGUGCCUCGUUGUCCUCUACUACAUCAUCUGGUCAGUCCUCUUCCUGCGCUCCAUAGACAUCAUCGCCGAGCAACGGAGAACUCACAUCACCAUGGCGAUCAGCUGGAUGACCAUUGUUGUACCUCUUCUCACGUUUGAGAUCCUUCUGGUGCACAAGCUGGAUGGUCACAACAGUCUCAGCUACGUGUGUGUGUUCGUCCCCCUGUGGCUCUCCCUGCUCACACUCCUGGCCACCACCUUCGGCCAAAAAGGAGGAAACCACUGGUGGUUCGGCAUCCGUAAGGAUUUCUGCCACUUCUUGUUAGAGCUCCUUCCCUUCCUGAGAGAAUACGGUAACGUGUCCUACGACCUGCAACGCAGCGAGGACCCCGAGGCGAUUGAGGAUCUUCCCGUCCCCGAGCCGCCACCAAAGAGCGCCCCCAUGUUCCACAAAAAGACCGGUGUGGUGAUCACACAGAGCCCCGGGAAGUACUUUGUCCCGCCGCCUAAGCUCUGCAUCGACAUGCCAGACUAACAGCGUGUCGGUGCUGGAGUGACUGCGGCUGCUGGACUCGUGACGUUUAAACUAAUAAAGGCCAAACAGCAGAGGACAGCUUGAUUUUAUCUGCUAGCCUGAAGGAUUCAC